AUCUCAAUGUAUUAGUUUGCCCACCUCUUUCAUCUUUGCUAAGCAAUCUACCCAAACAACAUUACAUAAACGUAAAUCUUUUACUUCUUCAUACAUUUAUAGCAAAUCCUCUUUUCCCUUAACCAACACACAACAAGAAAAGAAAAAAUCAGUCUUUUUUCCCCAUUGUAUAUUCUGUUUGUACUUUUUGUCUCACUUUUAUACACAUUAAUUCAAGCUGAGAGAUUUCUGCAGAGAACAACAUGUUGGAAGGUCUUGUCUAUCCAGAAAGCUUGUCCUUAAGCUACGCGGACAUGUCUGUACCUGAAAGGCUUAAAGGGAUGCAACAGCAUCAGCAAAUAGAAGUUUUGUCUCAGAGCAGUAAUGAUUCACCCGAACUUCUUCAGAUACUUCAGUUCCAUGGAAGCAACAAUGACGAGUUGUUGCAGAGUACCUUCAGCCAUUUUCAAAUGCUUGAAUCUGGUUUUGGAACAAAAUAUAACAUGGAUUUUGGUCCUUCACAUGAAGCUAUGGAUGGCUGCAUUUCAAGAACAAGUAGUUGCCAGAUAGACCCAGCGGAUACAAUGGGGGUUAUGUUGAAGAACAGUGUAGAAAGCAGAGCUAUUUCCUUGAAAAACAAGAGAAAAUCAGAGGUCAAGACAAGGGAAGAGGAAAAGACAGAUAAGAAGAUCAAAGUAGAGGCUGAGACAGAGUCAAACAUAAAUAACAAGGAAGCAUCUUCAGACACUUCAAAGGAGACAUCAAAGGGAGAUUCAGAGAUCCAGAAAUUGGAUUAUAUCCACGUGAGAGCUCGUCGAGGACAAGCCACAGACAGACACAGUUUAGCAGAAAGGGCAAGAAGAGAAAAGAUCAGCAAGAAGAUGAAAUAUUUGCAAGAUCUUGUCCCUGGAUGCAACACAAUCACUGGGAAAGCUGGUGUGCUUGACGAGAUCAUCAAUUAUGUUCAAUCUCUCAAGAGACAAGUUGAGUUCUUGUCGAUGAAACUUGCAGUCCUAAACCCAGAACUCGAGCUUGCUGUGGAAGAUUUAUCUGUAAAUCAGUUUCAGGCUUACUUUACAAAUUUUCCAGUAGUAAUUGCUUCAAAACCAUCAGUAAUGGUUGAUUUACCAUUGUUUCCACUAGACCAGCAAGGAUCUCUAGAUCUAUCAGUGAUAAAUCCGAACCAAACAUCUAUUGACGCUGUAAAAUUUAUCAAUCUGAAAACUUCUCUCAUUAUUCUAAGUUCUUGUUACUUGUCUGGAAAGUAACAUGUCUCUUAUAUCUCUUUGCUUCAGCCAUCUGCAAGCUGGGAAACUCAGUCACAUAGUCUCUUUGCUUCAGUACUAAGAUAAGAUCUAUUGAAGCAACCAAGUUGACAUCAUCAAAAUCAGAACAAUAUAUGUCCACUAUAUAUGCUGAUCAAAGUGACAAUUUCGCUGAGAACAAAAAUCCAGCUUCUGCAUUAUCCUUUGAUCCUUUUUCUGAUAUUUAAACCAGAAGAACUUAAGUAUCAAUUUAAUGAUCAUGUAUCCAUCACUCUUUGUAUAUAGAUCAUAUUAUGUUUUAAUGUGUAAGAUAAGAUAUAGAGAGAAAGAGGGUAAAUAAAUACUAUGUUUUAAAGUUUUUAUAGAUGUGUGAUAUGUCAUGUGUAGAAGAAGAAAAAGAAAAGUCUUGUGAUGCUACAAUUCCUUGUUGGAUUAUAUUAAUCUGGAAGCAAGUUGUUCAACUU